AUGCAAACAUCCGAACGAGACGCUGAGGCAACAUCGUCUAAAGCUUCGAAAGCCGAGUUUGCGAAGAAAUACGAUCAAGCAUUUGGAUUGUACAUCAAAACAGCAGAAUCUUUCUUACAUCUUAGCCGAACUAGUGCGGUUGAUGAUAAAACCAAACAGAAAUGGAAGACCAAUGCUGCUAAAGCUCUCGAAAGGGCAGAAAAGAUUAAAAGAUUCGUCGAAAAGUCUAGAGGCGGUUUAGUUGCAAUAUCGGAACAAACCCUCACCAUACCGGUUUCCGAAAUGAAAUUAACCCCCAUUGGAAUUGAUCACUUCUCACCUCAGGAGCAGUCGUAUGUACUCAAGAAGGGGAGUUAUGUCAAUGGUCUAUUCUAUCCCCUGUGGGAGGACCCAGUUGUGGUCAAAGGGGCACAAUCCUCGAUUUUUACCGAUCCAGACGGUCAACCUAAACUUUCUCCUGAACAAGAAAAGGUCUCACCGAUAUGGCGACGUCCACAAUCCGCUACAUCAUCAGCCACUAUGACAAAAAGGUGUAUACUUCCAGAGGAGAUUAUCCAGCACAUCGUCACAGACUGUUCCGUUUGCGCAUCUAUAUCUGUCUGUCUUGAACAUGGUCGAAGAUUUGGGACAUCUAACUCCCAUGUCAUAGAUGGCCGAUACGAUAUUCGAGUUUUAUUUAAUGGUGCUUGGCGUCGAGUGCUUAUCGAUGAUCGGUUACCAUUUCAUCCUGACUCAGGGAUGUUAAUGUGUAUGUCAGUCUUACCAUCUCUGGCGGAUGGUCAAAGUGGAAAUGCCUCACUCUUUCCGAAGUAUAUGAAGUUGAUGGGGGGUUACGAUUUCCCAGGAUCGUUAGUGAUUGUGACUACCUUCUGUUUUGUAUCAAUUUAUGCGCUUUUCAGUGCUUUCGCGGGUUGGAUACCUGAACAUAUUGAAAUCAAAAGCUCUACCUUUGAGAGGGAAAAGACAUGGGAAAGAUUGCAGAAAGGUUUUUCAGCUGGCCACUGUGUCAUUACACUUGGAACAGGCCCAUCUACUUAUACUCAGUGGCGGGACGUGUCAUUCCUUCCUUCACAUAGCUAUGCUGUGACAAAUGCAUAUGAAGCCGAAGAAGGUCGAAUGUUUACGGUGCUGGAUUCUUGGGUCCGAGAUAACGAUUCCGUGGAGGAACCAUCAAGGGCUCUACAGAUCCCUUGGUCUGACGUAUUGAACAUAUUUGAUGGAAUAUAUUUGAGCUGGGAUCCCAUGAUAUGGAAGAAAACCUUGACUUACCAUGGAAUGUGGAAACGCAAUACCGAUGAUGAUGAUGAAUCACGUCAAGCAUAUAUCGAAUUUUCCAACAGUGGUACUCAGGAUGAAGAAGUCUGGAUUUUAUUGACACGUCACGUCGUCAAUACACAUCAGACUUCAGAGUUCAUUGCUCUCCGUGUAGAGGUAGAGGACCAAAACAAAGAGUUAAAUGUUUCAGAAAACCAGAGGCUUCUUUUGACAAAAACCAGGACCCGUGUGCCGAAGUCUCAACGAUCUGGUGUUCUAUUCAUCUCUGCUUCAUGCGACGGUGAUGCCCGCGAGGUCGGCUUUACUUUGACAGCGUAUUCCAACCCCGGCAUGGAUAUAAAAUGGCUUUAUAAUAGAAAGACACCACCGUUCGCGGAAAAGGUAGAUGGGUCAUUUACUUCAAAAACAUGCGGCGGUAACUACACGUACUCGACGUUCAUGGCCAAUCCGCAGUACAGAUUGACUGUUUACCCGGCUCGAAACCCGGCUGAUAAUAGCAAGGCAAAGACCAUACUUACUCUCCAAACCAAAAGAGACAUUCCAGUCCAUAUAGCUGUGGUGUGGUCUCAGGGACGACGAGUUGCAGAUCUUACUUCAAAGGAUCUUGUAGGUACAUCUGGUGCCUACAAUUACGGGCAAGCAAAUCUAUCUCUUAACAUAACUGCCGGAGAAUAUACUAUUGUAGCUUCAGCAUUUGAACCCCAUUAUACAGGCCCUUUUUCAUUAAAAGUAUAUUCCUCUUUCCCGAUCGAUCUCAAGCCCAUACCGCAAGAAGGUGCUGGCAUGUAUAGUAAGAUUGUCCGUGGAUCAUGGGAGGGACAAACAGCGGCUGGUGGGUCAUCUUUCGGCAAAUACUCUCAAAAUCCCAUAUUCGAACUCGAGAUACCUUCUACGGCAAGAGUGAUAAUUCGGCUUCAGCUACUCCAACCAUCGACUGCCGUGGCCCUCAACCUUGCCAUUUAUCCAGGCUCGAAGGACGGAUUUGCGACAUCUUUUGAACGUCAAAAAUACUUAGCAACAUCAGGUCCAUAUGAUGACGCUAUCGCAGGCGUCGCAAUACAAUCCGCUACUCUUGCACCAGGAAAGUAUUAUGUUGUCCCCUCAACGUACAACCCUGGUGUAGAGCUCAUGUUCCGAAUGAUUGUUUAUUCCAACGUUGCCGGAUUCACUAUACAGCAAGUCGAAAGGCAGCGCACGAGCUAG